GUGAAAAACCGUUGUUGGCCGUAGCCGUUAAAUGAAAAACUAACCUAACCUAGACUGAUAGCGUCCUUAUUGGAGUUAUCAAGACUAGAUUUAUUCAAAUUUGAAGGUCCGCCGCGAUUCGAAGAAUAUUAUGCAAAGUUUUAAAUAUAAGGUGAUUUAAUUAAGAAAUUAUAGAAUUAAGAAUGGAUCCUGCUACAGUUAUUGCACUUUGUAAAGAAAAUAUUCAACCAUUGCGUUAUGGACGAAAUGCUGCACAGCUAGGAACUGCAUUAAGGGCACAAGAGGAUGCAGAUGUUCAACAAUUACUCUUACAAGAAAAACAGAUGUAUGAAGAUGCAAUAAAAAAUUAUGAAGGAGAUGAUCCUUUAGAAAGUUGGUAUGAAUAUAUACUUUGGGUGGAACAAAGUUACCCAAAAAGUGGGCACGAGUCACAUAUUGGAAAACUUUUGCAACAAUGUUUAGCUAUAUUUGAAAAAGAGACCAAAUAUCACCAAGAUCGUAGAUAUAUACGUCUUUGGAUUAAUUAUAUAAGUAUGCAAAAAAAUCCAUUAGAAUUGUAUCAACUUUUGCAUAACAAUGGAAUUGGGACUAUGGUUGCAGAUAUGUACAGAGCAUGGGCUUUUGAAUUAGAACAGAUAGAAGAUUACAAACGUGCCGAUGAAGUUUAUUUAAUGGGUUUAUCUGCUUUAGCAGAACCACAGGACGAAUUAGAUUAUGCGCACAAGAACUUCCAACUCGCAGUUGCGCGUAAAACAUUAGGACGUACGGAUGAUCGUAACGAAGUAUCAUUGCUAGAACAACGUCAGGCUUUUAGUUCUUUAAAAGCAAUAAAAGCUGGGAAAAGAAUUAGUAGUAUACGUACUGGACAUCGAGUACGCGAACACUUUCCUGGUACAGUUCCACAAAUUUCAUCGACGAUGCAUCAUAAUCGGCCGAAUUCCAGGAUACAAGUAUAUCAGGAUGAUAUGCCAGCUGAAAUGAAAAAUUCAAGUAUAUUAGAUCAUGUACCAGUAGAAGAUACAGUACAUAAAGAAAAUACAAUUAAACCUGGCCCAUGGAAUGGUGGAGGUAGACGAUAUCCAUUAAUGACAUCUAGUACAAAGUUAGCUUUCAAAGUUCACGAGGAUCAACCAGAUGAUUUUGAUGCAAACAAUCUAAGAUUAUUUCCAAACCAUACAUAUUUUUUUGAUGGUAGCAAAUACCCAGAGCAUUUAACUGUGCCUGUAUUUGUGCCAGAUCCUCCAAAUCCAAAUAUUAUAUUAAGGCCACAUUAUCCCAAAGAAUUAGUUUAUGCUAAUAAUAUGGAUCAAAGUAUGGAGGAAGUAAGAGCCCAGUUGUAUUUACAAAGAGCACAAACUUUAGAUAAAAAGCAUGAUGUGUCAGAUAUAAGAGGAACUAAUCAUCAAGUUCAGCAUAAAAGUUUUGAAUCUGAACAUCAGAGACACAAUGUAUCUUUACAAGAAUUGCAAAGACAGAGGCAAGAAUUUGAACAACAAGAGUUAACAGAAAGACAAAGGAAAGUAGAACAACAACUUAGGGAAGCCGAACAACUUGAGUUGGAUAGACAGAGACUUCAAGCUGAACAACAAGAACUCCAAAGACAGCAGUAUGAAGCUGAAAAUCAAGCAUUAGAAACUCAAAGGCGUAAGGCAGAACAACGUGAAUUAGAACGAUUAGAAGCAGAAAGAAUCGAAGCCGAAAGGAUCGAAGCAGAAAGACUCGAAGCGCAGAGAAUGGAAGCAGAAUUGAAUUCGCAACGAAAAUUACAAUCUAGUUUUAUGCAUCAACAUCAUACAUCAUCAUUAAAUACUGAGCCUGAAGAACAUUUACUCGGACAAAGCCUUACGGUUAAUACGAAAGAAGCAAUGUCAGUCGUACAAGACAUGUGGCGCUCUCCGGAUACAGUACCUACAACGCCUAAUUUUCGUACCCCUAUGACACCUAGAAUUUCAGAUGCCAAGACCAAAUUAUCUUUUGAUAUACAUAUGGAUAGUUCAAUGACGCAGCAUGCAAUGUCAAAUAGCAAACAUCAUUCGGGAUAUAACAUACAACCUUAUAAUGAUCAAGAGAAUCACCAGAAUUAUUCUGCUCAUCAAAGUUAUCCUAAUCAAGAACAUCAAAACUCUUAUAGUAAUCCCGGAUUACAUAAUACAUACCAAUAUCAAAUGCAGCAACAAGUACACGAGCAACAAGUUCAACAACCUCAUUCCCGACUGCAUCAUCCACAGCAUCAUCAACAAUUAAUUCAAGCACAUCAACAGGCUCACGUGAUUUCUCAUCAUCAUACUCUUCCCCAUGUCUCGCACUUGCAAUCUCAUAGUCAGAUUCAACAUCAUCAAUCUCAUCCUCAGCAACAUCAACCUUCACAUAAUCAACAUCUUCACCAUCAGCCACACCAAGCACAUCAACACAUACAACAUAUUCAACAAGUUUAUGGCACCAUAAUGCCCAAUGACAUUGCUUAUCAACAGUAUCCUUCACAGCUAGAAUCUACCCUAAUACAACAAAAUGUAGAGCCUCAAAAGCAGCUUCAUUAUCCCCCAUAUAACGAAUUAGACAUUGAAACUAGCAAACCAUACAGGAUGCCACCUGAAUUACCGUAUAUAAAGUCUCCAGGAAUGAAUCGUAGAGAUAUUAAAUAUCUUGAAAGUGCCGAAGAUAAAGAAAAUGCUAUCGUCGUUGAUUAUAAUGGACCACUAGAAGAAAAUAUGACGCCAAAAGCACCAGAUGAAAAUAACUUAUAUAUUGACGAAAGUCUUGGUAUUAGUCCAUUGACGGGAAAUAAUGAUACUUGUUACACAGAAGCAUUUAAUACACAAUUAACAAGUUCUACACCUAUGACUAAUCAAUUUAGGCAGUCUUACAAAGUAGCAGAAGGAACUUCACAAUAUUCAAAUCAGUGUGCUGCACCUCUACCCUCUUCAGAAGCACCAAAUGGAGAAACUGAAGACAAGUUGAGUGUCAUACUAGAAUCUACUAGAGAAUAUAUUUCAAGCAGUUCUAGCAGCAGUACCCAUACAAGAAAUACUGUAUUGGGCUUUACAUUAACAAAAGAAGAUCUGGUUCCUAUCAAAGAACAAAGUAUUACUAGAGGUGGAGAAGAUGAAAUAAAAGAUGUUACUCUUUCUGCAAACCAACCUUACGAACAAAAAUUACAAACUCAAAUUCAAGCUGUGCACGCUCAAAGUCCGCGUACGGUACAACGUAACGUGGAUCAAAUUACUUCUGAAAUUAAGAAGAAUUGUGAUCUACGAAAAUCAAUUAAUUUUAAACUUAACGAAAUAGAACAAAAAGAAAAAGUUGAUACAAUGGAAUGCGAAGAGCACCACGAACCAAUGGAAGAAGCUGAGGAAGAAACUUUCCAAUUACCUUCGGGAAAUAUAAAUCCUUUCGAUAGAAAUUUAAUAACUGGUCUUUUAAAAAAAAUAAAAUUUCCUCAGCCAUAUCAUGCAGAGGGAUAUGUGAGAUUAAAUAUUAACUUGAAUAAGCUUGUGCCUUCUACUAUGAUUACGCUUGGUACUGAAGCGUACGAUUUGGGAAAGUGCCUUGGAAAGGGAACGUACGGUACAGUAUUCAAAGCAGUGAAUUUGCAAACAGGUCAAAUAGUAGCCCUGAAAACUCAAAAACCUGCUUGGGUUUGGGAGUUUUAUAUCACUAGAGAAAUAAAAAAUCGUCUUACUAACCCACAUAUGUUACGUGGAUUUAUGGAUGUCUCGAUGGCAUACGUCGCGAAUAAUAGUAGUGUAUUAGUUUCAGAAUAUUCCAGAUUUGGAACAUUAUUAGCAGUAACAAAUCAAAUAAAAAUUACCACGGGAAAACCAUUGUUAGAACAUUUGGCUAUAUUUUUCACGAUUGAAAUAUUGCAAAUUGUGGAAUAUUUACACAAAUGUCAAAUAAUCCACGGAGACAUUAAGCCAGACAAUUUUCUUUUAAUGCGUUUACCGACGGAAGAUGUAAGGCCGACGAUACAGUUAAUAGAUUUUGGAUGUAGUAUAGAUAUGAGUCUUUUACCAGAAAAAACGACAUUUACUCAGGUCAUAAAAACAGAAGAUUUUACGUGUAUCGAAAUGCAAACUGGAAAACCGUGGACGUAUCAGACUGAUCUGUAUUGUUUAGCAGCGACAAGCCAUUGCUUAUUAUUUGGUAAUUAUAUGAGAGUUUCGAAUAUUGGUGGUCGUUGGUUUAUCACAUCGAAAAUACCAAGGUAUGCUAAAAAAGCUGCUUGGGAGCAAUUCUUUACAGAAUUAUUAAAUAUUGAAUCAUGCGAUAAAAUGCCGGAUUUAUCAAAAUUACGCAAUAUGAUGGAGGAAACAUUAGCACAGAUGACAGAUGCCCAACAGAAAUUUAGAAAUUUUGUUAAUAUCUUAAACAAACGAUAACAGUUACUGAAUAUACUGUAUCAAAUGUUGUGUCCCAAUGUGUGCACAUAUUUAGAAAAGAACCAACAUUUAUUAAGAAAAAUUAAUAUUAUUAUGCUAUUUAUUAUCAAAGUUAAUAAUAUGGUGAUAUAUGUAAUACACAGUUAAUAAUACAUGAAAUGCACUUUAUGGCCUGCUUCGUGGAGGCUUUAAUGAACUGUAUUGCUUGCACAUAAUCAAUUAUAUUAAAAGUACGAAAUAUUUCAUUCGAUGAAAGAGAAAAAGAACUUUUCAAUCUGAUAUUACAGACAUUUUAUGCUCCAUAAGUUAUAAAAAUGUCUUUCAAGAUACCUCGUGACAUAGUACCUGGAUGUUAGCAUCUGUCACGUAAGUUAUGUAAAGGCAGAUUUGUAUAAUAAAGUUGAGUAAAAGUAAAACUUUGAGAAAAACGAAUAUGUAAAAAAAAAAAAAAAUAAAUAUUUAUAAUACAAUGCGCG